AAACGACAACGUAAGACCGACAUGAUAGCACUGCACUUCCCGGAGACAUUUCUGGCAGUCGUGGAGAGAAUGUACACCGAUCAUUACAAGCUGCCGGAGCAACAGAAAGAUCAUCGCCGCCGCGGUGACCAGACAACCUUCGUUAGCAUUCAAAUAGGAACGACAAGUACUGCUAAACCUAGUACUAGUAGUUCCCGGCAAGUGCAGGUUAAUAAUAAUAAUAACAAGCUGAAUUUUUCGAGCAUGAAGUUUUUUGAUCGUUUUCGGAAGAUUGUUAUGCGGCUUUUGUUUUCUUCUGUCCCUUCUUCUUCUUCUGGUAGGGGUGGUGGUGGUGGUAAUCGGGCGGGUUCCGGCGCGGCGGCGCAGCGGCGGAGGUCGUGUGAUCGGCCGGAGACGCCCAAGUCGUCCUGCAGCUCCUCCUCCUAUUACUACUCCUCCAACUCGCACUACCACGAGGCCAUCGCCGAUUGCAUCGAGUUCUUCAACAAGUCGUCGUCGCAAGAGGCGGCGUUUGGCGGCGGCCGCCGAUCUGAUGCUGUGGUGUGAUUUCAAUUCGAGUGCUUUUAUUUCAUUCCAAUUCUGCUACAUGUUCUCCCAAAUCUUACUCUCUUAAUUUGUAGCGCGCUCUAAUAAACUAUUUU